AUGUUCGAGAAGUUUAUGACGAACCAAGGAGCAACCAAUCAGGGAAAUCCCAACAUUCGGAAGCCUGUGAAGGCAUGCCAACUCUGCGUGGCAACUUCACAUGCAACCGAUGAAUGUCCACAACUUUUCGAAGAUGAAGAGCUUAAUGCCAUUGGACAACAGCCAGGAGGAAACAAUGGAGGGCAGAACCAGAAACCUUUUGAGCCCUACAGACAGCAGUAUAACAAUCAAGGAUGGAGGCAACAUGAGAACCUUAGGUACGGCAACAACCACUAUUUGGGGCCAAACCAAGGGCAAACGAGUAACCCACCACAAUACUCGCAACAACCUCAACAAACAAGAGGGUCUUCCUUAUCAGAGCUAGUGCAUCAAAUGGCUCAGCAACAAGUGAAGUUCCAGAGUGAGACCGAAAAAUUCAUAAUGGAGACAAGAGGAGGAAUGCAGAAUGUGAACUCCCAACUAUCACAUCUUGCCCAAGCAGUUGCCAGACUUGAAAGCAAACAAGGGACACUCCCGUCCCAAGUGGAGGUGAAGAAGGUGAAUGCCAUGACACUCAGAGGAGGAAAGGAACUACCCGAAGCGGUGACAGAGAAAAAACGAGAAAAAUCAGAGAUUAACGAGCAAUUCGGAAUGGGAUCAGCAGAUGAGGAAGAAUUUGCCAGAGAGAAAGAGGCAAAGCUGAAGGCGAUUGGGAAGGGAAAAGAGAAAUCAAGCCAGACCGAACCCAUACUUCCUUUUCCAGGCAGAGCAACCAAGGAACAAGAAAAAGAAGAAUUAACCGAGCUGGUCAAAAUCUUCAAGAAGGUGGAAGUCAAUAUGCCCCUUUUGGUCGCAUUACGCUCUAUGCCUAGAUGUGCGAAAUUUCUCAAAGAACUCUGCACUAGGAAAGUCAAAUACACUGAUGAUGCAAAAUUUCAAGUGGGAGAAUCUGUAUCCACGGUCUUACAAAGAGAUAUGUCGAUAAAAUGUGGAGAUCCUGGGAUGUUCUACAUUCCUUGUGUGAUAGGAACAAUGAAAGUGGAGAAGGCGAUGCUCGAUUUGGGGGCAUCCAUCAACGUUAUGCCCUUAUCCAUGUACUAG